CAACCGCCUUAGCAGUCGGGACGCACACGCUCUGCGUCAUGGCGGGCUGAGGUCGAUGAUGAAUUCCGGUGUGCACGCCCCGGUUGCUGUGUCACUCGACCCGCUCGGCGCGCCCCUUCCCUGCAGCCCUUACGCACAGGCUGUCCGGUUCUUCCGGUGUCCGGCCGCCUCUCACUUGCAGGCUCUUCUUCCGUCGCUUUUCGUCGCACACCUGGCCUCCCCUGCGGACUGAUCUCGACUGGUGCCCGGGCCCGGGUGCCGGACCUACAAGGGCCAUGGCGAGCCGAGCCGCCAGAUACCGGCUGAGCUGCUCGCUCCCGGGCCACGAGCUGGACGUGCGCGGCCUGGUGUGCUGCUUCUAUCCGCCGGGGGCCUUUGUAUCCGUGUCCCGGGACCGCACCACCCGCCUCUGGGUCCCGGACAGUCCUAACAGGGGCUUUACAGAAAUGCACUGCAUGAGUGGCCACUCCAAUUUUGUAUCUUGUGUGUGCAUCAUACCUUCAAGUGAUGUGUACCCCCAUGGACUAAUUGCCACUGGAGGAAAUGACCACAAUAUUUGUAUUUACUCACUGGAGAGCCCAGCACCACUUUAUAUACUAAAAGGUCACAAAAAUACUGUAUGUAGUCUUUCAUCUGGAAAAUUUGGGACAUUACUUAGUGGCUCAUGGGACACUACUGCUAAAGUGUGGCUGAAUGACAAAUGCAUGAUGACUUUACAGGGUCAUACAGCUGCCGUGUGGGCAGUAAAGAUCUUACCUGAACAGGGCUUAAUGUUAACUGGAUCUGCAGACAAAACUAUUAAACUGUGGAAAGCUGGAAGAUGUGAGAGGACUUUUUCAGGGCAUGAAGAUUGUGUAAGAGGUUUGGCAAUUUUGAGUGAAACAGAAUUUCUUUCCUGUGCAAAUGAUGCCAGUAUUAGAAGGUGGCAAAUCACUGGAGAGUGUCUUGAAGUAUAUUAUGGACAUACAAAUUAUAUUUAUAGCAUAUCUGUCUUCCCAAAUUCUAAAGAUUUUGUGACAACAGCAGAAGACAGAUCUUUGAGAAUAUGGAAACAUGGAGAAUGUGCUCAAACAAUCCGACUUCCAGCUCAGUCUAUAUGGUGCUGCUGUGUGCUAGAUAAUGGUGACAUUGUGGUUGGUGCCAGUGAUGGUAUUAUUAGAGUGUUUACAGAAUCAGCGGAUCGGACAGCGAGUGCAGAGGAGAUCAAGGCUUUUGAAAAAGAACUUUCUCAGGCAACCAUUGAUUCCAAAACUGGUGAUUUAGGGGACAUUAAUGCAGAGCAGCUUCCUGGGAGGGAACAUCUGAAUGAACCUGGUACUAGAGAAGGACAGACUCGUCUAAUCAGAGAUGGGGAGAGCGUCGAAGCCUACCAAUGGAGUAUUAGUGAAGGGAGGUGGAUAAAAAUUGGUGAUGUUGUUGGCUCAUCCGGUGCUAAUCAGCAAACAUCUGGAAAAGUUUUAUAUGAAGGGAAAGAAUUUGAUUAUGUUUUCUCAAUUGAUGUCAAUGAAGGUGGACCAUCCUAUAAAUUGCCAUAUAACAUCAGUGAUGAUCCUUGGUUAACUGCAUACAACUUCUUACAGAAGAAUGAUUUGAAUCCCAUGUUUUUGGAUCAAGUGGCAAAAUUUAUUAUUGAUAAUACAAAAGGUCAAAUGUUGGGACUUGGAAACACCAGUUUUUCAGAUCCGUUCACAGGUGGUGGUCGGUAUGUUCCAGGCUCUUCAUCCGAAUCUUCUAAUUUACCGCCUGCAGCAGAUCCUUUUACAGGUGGAGGUCGUUACGUGCCAGGGUCUGCAGGUGUGGGAACUUCCGUGGCUGGAGCUGAUCCAUUUACAGGGAAUAGUGCCUACCAAUCAGCUGCAUCUAAAACAGUGAAUAUUUACUUCCCUAAAAAAGAGGCUGUCACUUUUGACCAAGCAAACCCUACACAAAUAAUAGGUAAACUAAAGGAACUUAAUGGAACUGCCCCUGAAGAGAAGAAGUUAACUGAAGAUGACCUGAUAAUUCUUGAGAAGAUACUAUCUCUAAUAUGUAACAGUUCUUCGGAAAAACCCACAGCCCAGCAACUUCAGAUUUUGUGGAAAGCUAUUAAGUGGCCUGAAGAUAUCGUCUUUCCUGCGCUUGACAUUCUUCGAUUGUCAAUUAAGCAUCCCAGUGUGAAUGAGAGCUUCUGCAAUGAAAAGGAAGGGGCUCAGUUCAGCAGUCAUCUUAUCAGUCUUCUGAACCCUAAAGGAAAGCCAGCAAACCAGCUCCUUGCUCUGAGGACUUUUUGCAAUUGUUUUGUUGGCCAGGCAGGCCAAAAGCUCAUGAUGUCCCAAAGAGAAUCAUUAAUGUCCCAUGCAAUAGAACUGAAAUCAGGGAGCAAUAAGAACAUCCACAUUGCUCUGGCUACCUUGACCCUGAACUAUUCUGUUUGUUUUCAUAAAGACCAUAACAUUGAAGGGAAAGCUCAAUGCUUGUCAGUAAUUAGCACAGUCUUCGAAGUUGUACAAGACCUAGAAGCCAUUUUUAGACUUCUUGUGGCUCUUGGAACACUGAUCAGUGAUGAUUCAAAUGCUCUACAAUUAGCCAAGUCUUUAGGCGUUGAUUCUCAAAUUAAAAAGUAUGCCUCAGUAUCAGAACCAGCUAAAGUAAGUGAAUGCUGUAGACUUAUCCUAAAUAUGCUGUAACAGUGGGGCAGGGGCUGAGUUUUUAAAUUGAUUAGUGUUUUUUUUUCCCCUCACAUUUUACAUGACUGAUAACAGAUCAUUUUUAAAAAAUGAUGUGGAUUAAGUAAAAUUUCAGAUCUUGUAAUGUGGGGUGGGGGGACAAAGGAGAAAUAAAAUUUUUACACUGAUGAACUGUGAGAUUUUCCUGUAUAAUAUGGGUAGAUUUUCAAGAUUUAGAAACAAAUUAAGAAUGAGUUAUAAUCAAUAACACAACUGCAGUGGCAUAAUUUCCCUACUUUGGCCACACAAGAGAAGACAAGUGCUUUUAUUUAUGUAAUGUUUUUACUACUGAAAUACCCCUAGUUAUUAAUUGUUGAUAGUUGUCUUUUAUUGAAUUUCUGCUCUACUCAUUUUCAUUGCUGGGUUCUUUCAACAACACUGAUACAGGGUCUUGUUUUAGAAUGUUUUAAAGAUUAAGUUUAUUGUGAAUAAUUCCAUAUAUUGAAAAGAUAUUAAAUAGAUUAUUAAUUUAUUUGUAAAUAGAAAGUGAAUUUGUUUGAUGGCUCAUUUUUAGAUAAAGUAAAAGCAAAUUACUAAGCUAUGCUAGGUUCGUUAUCAGUUCAGACAGAUGGGACGCCAAGUUAACUCGAGGCUUAUGAUACAGUUUCUUUUGUCCUUCACUAUUUGAGGCAAUUUCAUUAUUCAUUCCAGUUUUAAAAAUUUCAUUGUUUAUUUUUGGUCAUUUCCAUGAUUUUAAAGGGAAUUUGGGAUGCACUGAAUUUCAGGCAAUUGUGCAAGCAAGAGUACAUCAAACUAUGUUAUUUGCCAAUCCAGAGCCCGUCCAAUGAAAUAAGUAUUUUUUGAGCCCCUAACAUGGUCUAGGUGUUGUGUUAACCAUAAUGAUGUUUAAUUCCUAAACCCUUUAAAUGAAUUGUGAUGCUAUCUCUUUAUUUUCAGAAGUAAAGAUGAUGGGAUGAAUCACUAUAGGAGAGAAAAAGAAAAGUGCAUACAUGCUGUACUUCCUAGAGAAGGGGGGGUCACAAAUUUGUGAACAUCCUAGGAACACAAAAAAGGAACCCUAUUAAUUACAUAAUAUAUUGUGUCUGAGAGAACUUGUUAAGUGUUAACUUUCUAUUUUAAAAAGUGGGAAAGAUCUUUUCAUAAAGAGGACUUUGCAUAAAACAAUAAGCAAUAUUCUCAUUUUUGUUAUAUAAAACCAUGAAUUUCCUGGCUUUAAUGCCAAAUUGUAGUCAAAGAACAAUUCCCCAAUAGGGGAGGAAAAUAUUCUUAUUGUCUAUAUUAAUCCAAGGAAAAACUUGGAAUGUCAUAAAAGAAUGGGUAAAAUAUAGAUAGAGAGGACAUGUUUUUUGCUAAGUACUAAAUUGCAACUUUCUGGUGUAUAUCCAGACUCAGAGAUUCUAUUUGCUGAUUCCAUUAUGAACCUACCUGUGUUUUACUAUUGUUGAUUUGAAAUUUAGGGGUUUAAGUCAAAGUUAAAUUGCAAAGUUAAGAGUUUAGCCCAGGUCAGCCUGGUUCUACUACAUUACAAUGCUUGUUUGCUUUUUUUCUUUUUUGUUAAGAUUUUAUUUAUUUUUAGACAGAAGGGAAGGGAGGAAGGGAGGGAGAGAAACAUCAAUGUGUGGUUGUUUCUCACAUGCUCUGUACUGGGGACCUGGCUUGCAACCCAGGCAUGUGCCCUGACUGGGAAUUGAACUAGCGACCCUUUGGUUCACAGGCUGGCACUUAAUCCACUGAGCCACACCAGCCAGGGCACAAUGCUUUCUUAUUAGCAUGUUACAAACAAUUUAUCUACAAUACUUUGAAAUACUAGUUACCUUUGCACAUAAGUCUUGGUUAAGAACAUGCAUUCACUUUUCAAAAUAUAAAAGGUGACAUAUUAUAAACACUGUUUGCUUCCUAUUAGUAUAUAAAUCUUUAUAAAAACUUUUAUUAUACCAGUAUUUCAUGUUUAUUGAAAAGAUAUAGUUUAGCAAGCAAAAAAAAAAUCCCACUUGAAAGAUAAGUGUUAAAUGGUGGUUUAGUAACAUUUUAAAUAUUUUUUCUUUUUCAAUUAAAGGUUUUUUAUGAUUUUCAUAAUUAUUUUCCUGAAUAUAAAAGUACAUAUUUGUUGAAUAAAGACACACACCAAUAGAAACUGCCUGUAAUCACACUACCCAGAGAGAAUCAUUUUAAUGAAUAGGUAUGUAAACAUGGGAUUUUUUUUAAAGGAAUGAUAUACAUUGUUAAAUGACCUGAUUUUUAAACUUGACAUAUAUUAGUAUACUUCCAUCAACCUUAAUAAAUAUACAAGUGUACCCA